AUGGCCUCUACUGCCACGGAGGUCGAAUACUCCCCUGCGCGGCUCUCCUUCUUCGCCGCCGUGCUCGUUUGCGGGUACCUCACCGUGCGCGUCAUCAUCCCGCCCAACCAGACGCCCCCCGAACGCGCCUGGCGCACCGACUCGCUGUGGUUCGCCCGCAGCUCCCUCUUCCUCAUCCUCGCCGCCUCCGCCGCCGCGCUCCUCGUUCUCUACCACGCCGCCCUCACCCUCUUCCCCUCCAGCAGCAUCUGCCCCGCGCCUGAGCACCUCUCCCCUUACCUCUUCACCUGGGGCCCCGUCACCGCGCCAUCCUUCCUGGCCAUACUGGUAGGCGCGCCGCUGCGCGUGGGCGCGUUCGCGGGUCUCGGGAAGAGCUUCACGUUCGGGCUGGCGCGCCCCCGGGGCGGGCUGGUGACGACGGGGGUGUACGCGCGCGCGCAGCACCCGAGCUACACGGGGAUGGCGCUGGUGGCGGCGGGCAGCCUGGCGGUGUUUGCGAGGGUGGACGGCGGGCCGGCGGCGUGCUGGGUGCCGAGGGAAGGGGGGGCGUGGGAGAUGGUAAGGGGCUGGGCGCCGACGGUGUAUGUGGUGGUGGCGGGGUUGGUGGUGCAGCAGAUCGCGACGAGGGUGCGGCAGGAGGAGGCGAUGCUGAAGGAGCUGUUUGGGAAGGAGUGGGAGGAGUGGCAUGCGAGGACGAGCAGGUUCGUGCCGGGGCUGUUUUAG